AUGAGCAACAACCGAGGAAAGAAGAAUCCCACAACAGCAAAAAAUGAAGAAGAAGACCCAGUGGUUCAACUUCUUCAAUCAGCACAAGACGAGUUACUUCUGAAACUCUCUGUUGAUUCUCACAUGUCUCGUGUCUCUCCUGAUUAUCUCCUCCCUGAUCUUGACCGUCGAUUCCAAGCCCUCAGAUCCAGACCCACCUCCACCACCAUUCAAUCAUCAGCGCAACCGCCACCAGCCAUGAUCUCCAAAUCGCAAGCGUCUAAAUCUCAAGAAGAUGAUGCUGACCCUGAUGAUCUGUUUGCUAGAUUUGCUGCUCUCAAAGCUUCUGAUAACACAAACAGCAGUACUGUUUUGGGUUCUAGUGGAUUUGAUCAAGGAGAUGAUGAAGAAGAAGAUGAGGUUGAGAAGAUUAUUAAGUGGGCCAAGGACUCUGCUCGUCUCGACCCUUCUCCACCGUCUGAUGAGGAAGAAGACGAUCAUGAUGAUAGUGACGACGAAGACGACGAAGACGACGGAAAAGUGGGUAAUCGGAAAUAG